GAGACCCCAUCUGGUUUCAGCAGACAGUCGUGUUUGCAACGAUCUAGCGAGCGGUAGGUAGCCUCAGCGCGGCUAGAACACUUGGGCCAGAGAAAGGAAUCCAAACCUGAAUCGGAACGAGGCCAGAAUCGCAAUAAGGAGCAAAGUAACUAGGACACACCUCCAGCCAAAAUGAGCCAGAACCAACUCAGUACGGAGCAACUGCUCUUCGAGGAGAAGCCGCUGUACGUGCCCCCAUUGUCGGAGUUACAGAACGUUAUACAGGGUGCCCUGGCCGCCAACUUCGCCAAUGUGGACGUCAGUGUGGGUCCUUGUCCGGAUCUGAAGGCCAAGCAGUUCGGCCUGGUGGAGAGUGGACUGGGCGGCAAGCCCACGCUGCUGGAGGCGGGAGGCCCGCCCUUCCUGCUGCCCCUCGUGCAGCGAGAUAAGCUGUACAACAUCGCCGAGAUCACGCGGAAGAUCCAGGGCCCCGGCACGGUGUUCGCCGUUGGUGCCGGAGCGGGACCCUGGCCCAUCCGGGGGUCCAACUGCGAGGGCAUCUUCAACUUGUCCGUGAACGAGAAGGAUGAGCUCACGAACGGCAGCUACACGGCCACUGUGAGGGGAGAGCAGGAGGAGUGCGUCCUGGAGAAGAUACCCCACACAGAGCCCAGGUGCGCCCUGCUUCUCAACCUCUUCCUCAGCCAGGGCAAGCCCGGCCAGGUACUGAAAAUCACCGCCAAGCAGCGCACUGGCGAACAGAACUUCAUCGAGUGCAUCCGCAAGGGCCUGGAGAACCACUACGGCGACAAGGUGGUGGGUCUGGGAGGCAUCUUCCUGAUCAAGAAGGGCGCUGCCCACCAGCACGUGAUGCGGGACUUCAGCAAGACGCCCAUCCACAGUGACGAGGAGGUGAACGAGUGGCUCAAGUUCUACGAGAUGCCCGCCCAGCUGAACGCCGUGGGCACCCUGGUGACCAAGGAGCACGACCUGGACCUUCGCCUGCAGCACUUCCACUCCUUCUCCUUCAGCAACUGGGGCGGCCACUACCACUACGACACCACGCCGGACAUCGUGGAGUACGAGGCCUACCUGAACGUGGCCGAGCGGGUGGUGCGGGUGGACAAGCCCGUAUCCACUCACAAGGUGGGACGCGACUAGAUCUUAUCUGCCGUAUCUAGUUGUAGCCGACUUUUCCAUUGCCCUAACCCCAAUAAAUAAUAGUAAAUAAACAAAACAUAAGCUCGAAAA